UCGCGUUCCGCUCUUUGCUCUCUCCCCUGCCGCGCCUCCUCUGGCAUAAGACCCUUUUGCAGGGGAAGCAGCCAUCCCUCUCUCUCUCUCUCUCUCUCUAAAACUCCUGUACUUUCUUUUCCCUCUCUCUCUAAAUCCUCUCCUCUCUCUCCCACUUCCUGUGGUGAAAAACCCUUUGAUUUUUUCUCUCUAGACCAUGCCAUCUCUCAAGAUCUCUGACCCCUUAGACGACAUGUUUGGCUGUGCAAUUGAAAAGAUGAAGAAGAAGAAGGAGAAGAAAACCAGAGCUAUGGAUUAUGAUCCUGAAGGAAGUGAAGUUAACAGUGAGUUUGAAGAGGAAUUGUCGCAUAAGAAGAAGAGCAAGAAGAAAGGAAGUGAAAUUAACAGUGAUUCGGGAGAGGAUUUGUCGCAUAAGAAGAAGAGCAAGAAGAAGAGGAAGGCUGUGGAGGAAGAGGAUAAUGGAGAGACGACCUCUGAAUCAGACGAGACAGUGAAGAAGAAGGUUGGAAGCAGCAAGAAAUUGUCGAAGAAGCAGAAGGUUAGUGAUGAAGAGGGGGAGACAAUUGAUGGGGAGCUGGUCUCUGAUGGCGAAGCAAACCCUAACGCAGUUGUUAAUUUCAAUAUCUCCAAGGUAUUGAGAGAGAAGCUGAAAUCGAAGGGGAUUGAGUCGCUUUUCCCAAUCCAGGCCAUGACUUUUGAUACCAUAUUUGGAGGUACGGACUUGGUGGGUCGAGCUCGCACUGGUCAGGGUAAAACACUGGCAUUUGUUCUUCCCAUUCUAGAAUCUUUGACCAGGCCCCGUGAUGGAGAAUCUAGGAAAACUGGUUAUGGAAGAUCACCCAGUGUCCUGGUCCUAGCCCCUACCAGGGAGUUGGCUAAACAGGUAUUUGCAGACUUUGAGUUUUAUGGCGGGUCUGUGGGUUUAACUUCAUGCUGCGUGUAUGGUGGAGCCCCAUAUCGCCCUCAGGAAAUUUCACUUAAAAGGGGUGUUGAUAUAGUUGUUGGAACACCAGGUCGCAUUAAGGAUCAUAUCGAGAGAAACAAUAUUGACUUGAAGUCUUUGAGAUUCCGUGUUCUUGAUGAGGCUGAUGAAAUGCUUAAUAUGGGAUUUGUUGAUGACGUUGAAAAUAUUCUUGGGAGAGUUGAAGAUGCAAGCAAGGUCCAAACCCUUCUUUUCAGUGCCACAAUGCCUGACUGGGUGAAGAAGAUUGCUGCCAGGUUUUUUAAACCCGACAGGAAAGUGGCAGAUCUUGUUGGUGACGAUAAAAUGAAGGCUAGUGCAAGUGUUAGACAUAUUGUCCUUCCAUGCUUCUUUUCAGCUAGGGCCCAGCUCAUUCCGGAUAUAAUCCGUUGUUAUAGCAGUGGGGGACGCACAAUUGUUUUCACUGAGACAAAGAAUUCAGCAUCUGAACUUGCUGGAGCCCUACCAGGAGCACGAGCUUUGCAUGGGGACAUACAACAAUCACAACGCGAAGUCACCCUUGCUGGAUUUCGAUCGGGCAAGUUCUCUGUCUUGGUGGCCACGGAUGUGGCGGCACGUGGCCUGGACAUCAAUGAUGUGCAAUUAAUUAUUCAGUGUGAUCCCCCACGAGAUGUGGAAACUUACAUUCAUCGAUCUGGUCGUACUGGAAGAGCUGGCAAUACUGGAGUAGCUGUAAUGCUCUAUGACAGAAGGAAAUCAUAUAUGGUCUCUCAGAUAGAGCGUUCAUCCGGUGUCAAAUUCGAGCACGUUUCUGCUCCUCAGCCUGCAGACAUUGCCCAAUCUGCAGGCUCAGGGGCUGCUGAAACCAUUUCCCAAGUCUCCGAUAGUGUGGUGCCUGUUUUUAGAGCAAAAGCUGAAGAAUUAUUGAAAUCCGGUGGUCUUCCGGCAGUGGACAUUGUUGCCAAAGCUUUAGCGAAAAUUGCUGGUUAUACCGAAAUAAAGAGGAGGUCGCUUCUUACUUGCCAGGACAACUUUACCACUGUUCAUCUUCAGACUGGGAGAGUGAUGUAUACACCAUCGUUUGCUUUCAGCGUCUUGAGGAGGUUCAUGCCUGAGGAAAAAUUAUCUGCGAUCAAGGGUCUCUCUCUUACUGCUGAUGGUCAAGGUGCAGUGUUUGAUGUGCCUAGUGAAGAUUUGGACAUGUUCCUUGCGGGUCAAGAAAAUGCAGACAUGGUCAGUGUUGAGGUAUUGGACAAGCUGCCGCCUUUGCAAGAAACUAACAGGGACAGAGGUGGUAGUAAUAAUGGAUGGCGUGGAGGAGGAAGAGGCGGCGGAUUUUCAGGUAGAAGUGGGGGUGGGGGUCGUGGAAGAGGAGGGUUCUUCGCUAGGAGUGGUGGCGGAGGAGGAAGAGGUGGAAAUCGAAGCUUUUCGAGAAGGAAUUAAAUGUGGGGUGUUUUUUUCUUAUCCCUGAAAAAAGGAUGGCGAAAUUCCUUUAUUGAAGAGAGGGAGGGCGUAGUAGUAGUUCAAUAUGUUGGCGAAAUUGUAUUAUUUAAGGAAGAGCUCUAUGUUUUGUUCAAGUUUUGGAUGGUUUUUGAGGGCACAUUGCUGAUUAUAUUACGUAUGAAUGCAGCAGGCUUUUUGAGUUAGUGAGAAAA